UCAUCUGUGAGUCUGGCAAGACAAAAUCAAAGAUGUUUGUUUUUGUUUUGAAUUUUCAAAAACGUUCUGUUUUCAUCAAGUCUUUUGCUAGAAUUUUAUCGAUUAUAUUGUUAUUAAUUUCUAAUUUUCAUUCUAUCUAUUCUAUAAUCAAUAAUCAUGGAGGCUAAAACAGAAUUACAAAAAAAUGCGAUCGCCGAAGCGCGUCGUAAGGAACUUGAAGCUUUUCAGAGAGCUCUAGAUAUACAAUGGUUGAACAGCCGUAUGGAAGACGGCAGGAUGGGGCGCUGUCUUGCGCUCAUACAAAAAGAAGCAGAAAUGGAAAAAGAUUUUCAAGAGAGAACAGACCAUGCAGCGAUAGUAAAUGCUAGGGCAAACAAAGAAAUGGCUCUCGGUAUCGAAAUAGCGAAGGUGCGUCGUGAAGAGGCCUGUGAAUUACUCCGACGGCACUACUUGCGUGAACGAGACCCGAGCCUACGAGAGCUCAGUAAGAAGUUGCACGCUGGCUACGUACGCAGAGAUCUGCAGCAACAGAUACUGCACAAUCAAUAUAAAAAACUACAGGAUAAGGCAGAAGAAAACGCUGCGAACCGAAUCCUCGCAAAAUCCCUAUACAGUGAUAUAGAGGCCAGGGAUAAGGAAGAGAAAGAGAAAGUAGAAAAAGACAUGAAGUACCGUCUGGAGUUGCAGCAGCAGUUGGUUAACAGACAGCAGCAGAAGCAGUGCCAGUAUGAGGAGUUGCUGAUUGAAAAGAAGAUGUUAGAGGAUAUAGAAAGGACUAUUGCCGAUGAGGAUCAGAGAGAGUUGCAACAGAAACGCGAACAAAUGGAGAAGUGCAGGCGCGAAAUGGUGACGUUCAAAAUGGCGCGCGACGCGUGGAAAGAGAAGCAGAAAGAGUUGCUUGUUAUACAGGAGAGGGCCAUCGAGAAGCAGAGAAAAGAUGCGUCGGACAGGAGUUCGGCGAUUGUAGCAGAAAGAGAAAAAAAAAUGAGAGAGAGAGAUGAAUUGACUCAGAAAAUUGCUGCUAAAAUAUUAGCCGAAGAGGCGGAACGUCAAGACAGAGAGAACAUAAUAAAAUCCCUGCAAGAACAAGAGUAUUUAGAGAAGAACGUACAAGAUGAUAUAGCGGAGAGAAACAAAAUGGAGUUUGUGAAGAGAGACACGAGGGAGUCUCUUAUGUCGCAGAUGGAGAACCGGAGGAGACUGCAAAGACUCGAAAAGGAAAAGGAAAUGGUUUUUAGGAAGGAGACAGAAGCAAAAAUAGCCGCUCAGGAUGAGAAAGAGAGGGAGAAAGAAAGGAAGAAAAAGGAGAAAAGUGAACAAUACUCGAAAGAGUUGCGGAAACAGAUCGAGGCUAACGCUAAGAGACGGCAAGUGGAACAAGAGAUGGAGGCAAAUAGGGCCAAAUAUGUAUGGGAUUGCGAUGCGGCCUGGCGAAAAGAAGUGUCAGAAGAAAGGAAGAAAAUUGUUAAAGAGCAUGUACCCAAAGUGCUUGGUUAUUUGCAAGCUGGAGUAUUAAAAGAAGAAGAUGUGCCUCAAAUAAAAGAAGUAAUCGACCUCGAUCUAGACCUGUCUAAACCUAAACCUACUAGACGGCCCAAAUGUAACGCUCAGUGUCGAAUUAUUAGAGAAUAUUAGUAUUGAAAUUGUGAUAAAGUUGUUAUUAAUGUAAAAUUUCAGUGUAUAUAUUAAAUUUAACAAAAACAUUGAUAAAAGAGAUAAUCGGAGGAAAGCGGUUAUUACAUGUAAUUCUUUUUUGGAUGAAAAAUAUUCAAUUUAAUAAUUAAAGAUGUUUUUUGUUGUUGUUAGUGAAAUUAAAAAAGUUCAGUGUUUAAAUUAUUUAUAUUGGUAGCUAGAACAAUAUUAUUGAGAAAAUUAAGUAGCACCAUUAAAAAGUAUGAUUUAAUUUUCAAAA